CCCAGGCAGGGCCGGCCACAGAGGUCUCAGAGCGCAGGGCAGAGGGCAAAGAAGGACUGCGGACCCCAUGGGCGGAACAAGAAAGGACAAGCCUCCGCUGAGGCUGAGGAUCUCUUCCCCACUCCUCCCCGGAAACCUUCCUUCCCCUUCCAGUGGGCCUGGGAGAACUUCAUCAUGGAUGGCCAGGCUCUGCCUCAGACAAGCUUCCCGAGGACCCUGGCCACCAGGUCCUGCCCUCGUCCCCAGCAGUCCCCCAGCACAAGUCCAGGCGCAAAGUCCAUGGUCAGCCUCCCAGAAUCCCUUGAUUUCUGCCAGAAGGUGGAGAUGCAAAAUCUGGAGAGGAGACAGCAGUUGGGGGCCUGGGGUGGCAUCCUCCUCCCUCCUGGCAAAGGAAAGAGCCAAGGGCUGGAUCUGCCUGGCAAGUGUGGCCUCUGUCUGCCUGGGAAGAGCUCAGGAUCGGAAUCAGAAUCUGAGGAGGCUGCAGAGCUGGAAGGCCUGGGUGCUGAGGAGGCUGUGAGGGGUCUGGGCCCUGGGGAACUGCUCCAGAUCCCCAGGAGGGGCUCGAUCUGGGAGGAGGAGCGGUUCUCAGAGGCUGCCGAGGAGGCCGAGCAGUGGGUUACAGCGCCACACAGGAGGAAGGGCAGUUCUCGGAAAAAGGGUCAGAAUUCUGGAGAGGAGGCUUCUGAAGAAGGGGGGCUGCGGCACCAGGGCCAGGGGAGCAGCUCCAGCUUCAACAACUCCAGAGGGUCACAAAGGGGAGUGUCCAGGGCCAAGGAGCUGGAGGGGCCCUGGGACCUAGAGAAGCUGCACAGGCGCUUACAGCAAGAAUUGAAUUGUGGCCCCCAAAAGCAGUCCUGGAAGUCUUUCCGGACUGUCCAACCGGAGGGGAAAGCCCAUGUCCUGGGAGACAAUGGAACUUUCCUGUUUGCCAGUUUCCCUAAUCGCACCUUCCAACGACAGGAGGCCACCAGAAGCCUGCUGCAGAGCUGGGAGCGGCAGGAGCAGGAGCAGCAGCAGCAGGCUGAGCUGCGCAGGACUCGGGAGCAGCAGGUCCAGCAGCAGGUCGCCCGCUGCCUAGCAGCCUACGCACCCCGAGGGGGCCGGGGACCCAGUGCCACCCAGCGCAAGGUGGAGGAACUGAGGCGCCAAGAGCGACAGCGCUUUGCUGAGUACCAGGCAGAGCUGAAGGGGAUCCAACACAGGGUGCAGGCCCGGCCCUUCCUGUUCCAGCAGGCCAUGCAGGCCAAUGCCAGGCUCACUGUGGCCCGGCGCUUCUCCCAGGUGCUUUCAGCACUAGGAGUGGACGAGGAGGAGCUGGUGGCUGAGACACAUAAAAAGGAUACAAUGCGAGCCUCCAGGAAACCCAGGAGCCACAGGUCAAUGGGGGUGAGAAUGGAGCCCUCUUCUCAGAGCCCCCCAAAGACAGAACCCACCGGCAGCCAUCCUGACAGGCACUCUUCCCCCAGCCUGGACAGAGUACUGUCCCCAAGAUGAAAAUUAAAGGUUUUAUGGUAAAUACAGUGUGGGAUUUCUGGAGGAGCUGGGGAGUGAGACUGUGGGUUGGGAAUAGGUGGCAAGUGGGUGGGGCAGCAGGCUUAGUUGUCCCCACAUUCCCCCAGCAGCUCUGGCUGUUUUUGCUGCCCCCACCCUACACAAUCAGCCCUGCCCAUGCUUCUGAGUGGUACAUCUCAAAAAGCAAGAGCUGAGACUUCUCCAUCCUGUCCGUCAAAUUCAAGUGUGAAAAGAAGCUGGGCGCAGUGGCUCAUGCCUGUAAUCCCAGCUGCUAGGGAGGCUGAGGCAGGAGGCUCUUGAGUUCAUAAGCCAGCCUCAGGAACUCAGUGAGACCCUGUCUCUAAAUAAAAUAUAAAUAUUAAAAAGGGCUGGGGAUGUGGCGGUGUGGUUAAGGGCCCAUGGCUCAAUCCUCAAUACAAAAAAAAAAAAAAAAAA